CUUCGCCAGACCAAGUCUCGCACUCCUUUGCUUGCAGUAUUGCCUUUGCCGCAGGAAAUCGUCACAUCCGCCGAAAUGUCUUGGAGGUCUCAAGGAAUCACAGGCUCGAACAACAUCCCGCUGGGGAAGCCGCGGCAUUUUGGCGCCGAGGAGGAGGAUGGCAUCAUCGAAGAACGCGAUCUCAAGCGUGGCCGCGAUCCUGAGCCUCGCAGCGAGGCCGACGGCCCUCGUCGUCGAAAGAAGCGCAACCGAUGGGGCGACGCGUCGGAGAACAAGGCCGCCGGCCUUAUGGGGCUGCCGACAGCCAUUCUGUCGUCCAUGACGAGCGAGCAGCUCGAGGCCUACACUCUGCAUCUUCGCAUUGAGGAAAUCAGCCAGAAGCUUCGCAUCGACGACGUCGUCCCCGCGGAUGGUGAUCGAUCCCCCUCACCUCCUCCCCAGUACGACAACCAUGGUCGACGUAUCAACACUCGGGAAUACCGCUAUCGCAAGCGUCUCGAGGACGAACGCCACAAGCUGGUUGAAAAGGCCAUGAAAACCAUUCCCAACUAUCACCCGCCCCAGGACUACCGCAGGCCUACAAAAACCCAGGAGAAAGUCUACGUGCCUGUUAACGACUACCCGGAGAUUAACUUCAUUGGUUUACUCAUCGGACCCCGUGGUAACACACUAAAGAAAAUGGAGAAUGACUCUGGUGCCAAGAUUGCCAUUCGUGGCAAGGGCUCCGUGAAAGAGGGCAAGGGUCGCUCUGAUGCAGCUCACUCCAGUAACCAGGAGGAGGAUCUUCACUGUUUGAUCAUGGCAGAUACCGAAGAAAAAGUCAACAAGGCGAAGCAGCUCAUCCACAACGUCAUUGAAACUGCGGCUUCGAUCCCCGAGGGUCAAAACGAGCUCAAGCGUAACCAGCUUCGAGAGCUCGCGGCGCUCAACGGAACCCUUCGAGACGAUGAAAACCAGGCUUGUCAAAACUGUGGUAAGAUUGGACAUCGUAAAUACGACUGCCCCGAGCGACAAAACUUUACGGCAAGCAUCAUCUGCCGCGUUUGCGGUAAUGCCGGCCACAUGGCUAGGGAUUGUCCAGACCGCCAGCGAGGCGCCAAUUGGCGUAAUGACGCUGGUGGCCGUCCUGCAGGUAGGAUCGGAGGUGGCGAUGCCGUCGACCGUGAAAUGGAGCAACUCAUGCAGGAACUUGGCGGCGGCUCAGGAGCUGCCCCUGCGCAAAUCGAAGCCGGCCCGAGCAGCAACAAUUACAACGGGAACAGCGAAGCGAAGCCAUGGCAGAGAGGACCAACCGGCGGACCUGCACCCUGGAGAUCCCGCAACCAGGAUUCUAACGAAGGAGGCAGUGGAGGACCGGCACCUUGGGCUCGAGACCGCAAUCGCGGCCAUGAUCACAGCAACGGCAACGGCCAUAGCAACAGCCAUGGUGGCGGCGGCGGCGGCGGUGGUGGUGACAACAACUACUAUGGCCACAACAACUACGAGUCGUCCUCAGGAGGAGCAGCCCCUUGGCAUCAGCAGCCUCAACACGGAGCUUCGCAACACCAGGCUCCUGGAAUGGGUGGGUAUCCCAACUAUGCUGCGUACGGCGCAUACGGUGCUGCACCGGGUAUGGGUGCGCCUCCUGGUCUCCCUCAAGUUGGCGGUGCCGGUCUCUCGGCUCCCCCAGGUCUAGGCCCCUUGAAUGCCCUCAUCCAGCAAUAUGCAGGAUCUGCUCCUCCUCCGCCACCGCCCUCAGGAGAUGCUCCUCCGCCUCCUCCAAGCGAUCAACCCCCUCCACCUCCGCCCCCUGGCGCGUAAUCAUCGGCAGCGUAUUACUUGGGUAGCUACUGAUGCUCAAUUACUUGCAACAGACUGUAGUAGGGCAUUAAGGUAAUACCAGACCUUGACUGACGAAUUUUCGACGGAUUGUGUUGAUUCCAGCUUCUCAAAACAAGAAAAGAAUGAGAGAGAGGUACUUACUUGGUCCGAGGCUUAGGGUUUUCAUAUAACGGCUUCUCCAGACUGUAUGGCUUCGUAGUAGGCCUUGUUUAUGUUUUGUCCGUUGAAGAAGCAGACUAAUCGCACAGGCUCUUGCAUUUCCAAUUCUUAAAACUCGCUUAAUAUAUGUACCAAUUGUAGCUAUAUGGAACAAUGUCCUAUUUCUUAGAA